AUGGAGAAUUACUAUGAUUAUUCUAUAGAUGAAGAUUUUGAUGAAAGUUUCAGUACUGACCAAGAUGAACCAUUAUUCGUUCAUGAUUAUUUGGCUGCUAUGAAGGCAAAACAUUGGUUAGAAGAACAAGAUUCUUCAGAAAUAAUAGAAUAUGAUGAUGAUAGUGAAAAUUCAUUAUCUGAAGAUGAGAGAAAUUAG